GCUUACCACUGCUGCUGGCCGCUUCCAGCCUUCGCUGAGAGGUCUUAGUUGCAGCAUGUGGGAUCUAGUUUCCUGACCAGGGAUCGAACUGUGGCCCCCGGCAUUGAGAGCGCAGAGUCUUAACCACUGGACCACCAGAGAAGUCCCUGUGUAUACUUUUUUCUUACCUAGGAAUUUGGGACAUCCUUUUCCAAUAAAUAUUUAGGGGUCCUGCAUUCUAAAGGAAAAAAUAAGCCUGAUUGCAGUUCUGCACUCUAAAAUCAAUUCUGAUACUAUAUAACGCCUUUGGACUUCGUUCACUGACCUCCUCUGUCCCUAGCCCUUACUGGUUAGGUUGGGUGUGGAAAAACUGGGGCUUUGAUCAAGCAAAUGCUAAAAAGCCACAUAAGGAAGAUCCUUAACAGUUAUUUCUCAACAAUUAUAUAGUCAACUGAUGUAACAAUGGUACUAAUAUUGGGACGAAGACUAAACAGAGAGGAUCUCGGAGUGCGUGAUUCACCAGCAACAAAGCGUAAAGUUUUUGAAAUGGACCCUAAAUCUCUGACAGGCCGUGAGUUUUUUGACUUCUCUUCAGGAUCAUCCCAUGCUGAAAACAUACUCCAGAUAUUUAAUGAAUUCCGAGAUAGUCGUUUGUUCACAGAUGUUAUCAUCUGUGUGGAAGGAAAAGAAUUUCCUUGCCAUAGAGCUGUUCUCUCAGCCUGUAGUAGCUACUUCAGAGCUAUGUUUUGUAAUGACCACAGGGAAAGCCGAGAAAUGUUGGUUGAGAUCAAUGGUAUUUUAGCUGAAGCUAUGGAAUGUUUUUUGCAGUAUGUUUAUACUGGAAAAGUGAAGAUCACUACAGAGAAUGUACAGUAUCUCUUUGAAACAUCAAGCCUUUUUCAGAUUAGUGUUCUCCGUGAUGCAUGUGCCAAGUUCUUGGAGGAGCAACUUGAUCCUUGCAAUUGCUUAGGAAUCCAGCGCUUUGCUGAUACCCAUUCCCUCAAAACACUCUUCACAAAAUGCAAGAAUUUUGCAUUACAGACUUUUGAGGAUGUGUCCCAGCAUGAAGAAUUUCUUGAGCUUGACAAAGAUGAACUUAUUGAUUAUAUUUGUAGUGAUGAACUUGUUAUUGGCAAAGAGGAGAUGGUUUUUGAAGCCGUCAUGCGUUGGGUCUAUCGUGCUGUUGAUCUGAGAAGACCACUGUUACAUGAGCUCCUGACACAUGUGAGACUCCCUCUGUUGCAUCCCAAUUACUUUGUUCAAACAGUUGAGGUGGACCAACUGAUCCAGAAUUCUCCUGAGUGUUAUCAGCUGUUGCAUGAAGCAAGACGGUACCAUAUACUUGGGAAUGAAAUGAUGUCCCCAAGGACAAGGCCACGCAGGUAAGAAGACUGUUUACAUA